CUGUUCCAUUUUCCUCACGUUUUUUGCUGCUUCUGCUCAAUUUCUCUGCUCUUACUGCUUUAAUUCGAGUCUAUAGUAGCUUCUUCUUUGAUUUCUCUGUUGUUUUGCUCUGUAAUUGAUGGAUAUUCGGGGAACUGUCCCUUCAUUUGUGGAUGAUGACAAGACGGCGAUUGUAUCCACGAUCUAGCUUUCUUUUGGUUACUACUGGGUUUGGAGUUUCGGAUUUUUGGCAGCUGAAGAAGUCACUAAUUCUAUUCUUUUCCCUUUCUGCUGAGAAUUAUCCACUUAUCUUUUAUUCUUGACUUUGGCGUGGGAAUAUGGCUACGAUUCAUGAAGUCUAGUUUUGGUCAAGCUAGGUUACCUAUUCAUCUGACGGCUUUUGGAAGAUUGAAAAGUUCCAUAAGGUUUACAAAGUGGAUACUGCGAAUUCUAAGAGUUCAUUCUUCCAUAAACACCGGCUUCAGCAUGGAUCCAAAUGGAAAAAUGGACCAGACGGUGCAACUGGUGAAAUCGGUCUCUGAUAAGCAUCUUGAUCUUUUGAGGCCAUCUGCCCGAAUUUGUUCAAUAUUCAAAGGCCAAGGAAAAGAUGCUCCAGACCACAUAAGGAGCAAAUACACACUUCUCAGAGAUGUAGAGGAUGCUCAAGUAGGGCUAUAUGACAAGCCUCUCCCGUGUUUUGGCUGCGGAAUAGGAUGGUUUUCUUUCCUCCUGGGGUUUUUUUUCCCAUUGCUGUGGUACUAUGCCACGAUUCUCUACUUCUGGAAUGCUCGCAGAGAUCCAAGGGAACGAGCUGGAUUAGCUGCGUCUGCCAUUGCUGCACUUGCAUGUUCAAUCCUCUUGUUAAUCGUGGUAGCUGUUCUUCUAUGAUAGCUCGCAUUCUCAAUCUUGGUCCCUUCAGUCUAGCCAAUGCAAUUUCAAUCUGAAUAGGUUACGUGGAUGUGCAGAUAAAUGAUUGAAGUGUUCUGUUGCUGAUUUUGGUGAUUUCUGCUAUUUUCCAUUGCAAAAGAAAAAAAUAUGCAAAUGUUUAUAAAUCAUAUAUACGUAUAUUUUGCCACCUCUUUCAGAAGAGAGUUGUCGCAUUUGUAAUACACAAAAGAAAACGUAAUACAUAAAUUUAGAUCCCUUUAAUAUUUUAGUCCAAA